AUGCGCCGAGUCCUCUUCAGUCCGCGUGCUCGCCAAGCAGCAGCAACUGCUGCGCUCCGGAGUCUGCCGCCAGCGCGCACCGCCAACACUGGGGGCGUCUUGGCUCGUACCUUCGCCAGUGCGUCACCAGUGCUGAAGCAGGGUCCGCCUAGAUGGCGCGCGCCGACGUUGCUGGCCCUGACCUUCGGGGCGUACCAGCUCUACAAGACGUUCGAGGAGGAGCCGAUACCAGGGGCCAAGGAGCAAGAACGACUGCUCAAUCUGGCCCACGAGAGCGCGACGAAGGGAGACCGGGAGCUAGCGGCGAAGUACGUUACUGAAGCAUAUGAAGCGUCUAAGGGCGCUGUGAGCUCACCUGCUGGCGCGGCCGUGCAGGCGGGUAACGUUGCUAUGGCAAUGAAGCAUGGCAAGACGGUGGAGCCGCCUGUCCUCCGCUACCUACUCGGCAUCAAAAUCAUGUACAAAAGGGGCCAGUGCUACCUCCACCUCGAGCAAUACGAAAAUGCUGAGAAAGUAUUACUGAAGGCCAUCCGUGGCUACGAGAAGUUCCAAGGUCAGUUCUCGCUCUCGCAGUGUUCACCCCCAGAUGUAGAAAUACUGGACGAGCUCGAAGAGUCGGUGUUCGGCUUAUUUGCUGCCUACACCAUUCUGCUGAUAAUAACGGACCGUCAGAACGAGAUUCCUUCCCUCCGCGAGCGCUUACUUCGGGUUGUGCGCAACUCGGAGACCCUCCGGGAGGGGGAAACAGAGGUCAUGGACCAGUUCGAUGAUGGCGCAGCACUUAUUGCGAUACAGGAGGAACGCCGUCGCAAGCGCCAAGGAGAAUCGGGGGAGGUGAAAAGCCAUUCGGCUUAA